UUGAACUCUGACACUCCAGAUCUCAUCCGACAAUCCUGCUAGUCUCGACACAAUAACAAAAAUACAAAUACUAGCAACUAUAAUAUUAAUGUUCCUAUGGAUGAGCAUUUGAAACUCUAAUUUUAUGCAUCUUCAAUCAGCAUUUGUUUGAAAUAAAAUCAUGUUAGCUCGCUUGUGGAGCUGUGUAAAAAGACAUAAGCGCAAAUUUAUAUUGCUCGGAUCAUUUUUUGGAGGCAAGUUCAGUCAGUUCAAUAAUUUAAAUUUAGAAAAUUUUAUAAAAAUAGUUGUUAUAUUAAGUAUGUUAGUAAGACUAAGGACAUGUCUCAUAUUUAAUUUAAUAAAUGAAGCUAAAUAAUAAAUCUUCAAAAUAUAAUAAAGGAACAUGGGCUGCUUGUCAUAGGCAAUUUUGUGGAGUGCUCAGACCUGUGUGCCACCUGGGUGGUACAGGGGUGGGGGUGAAUCCCAAUCACGGUAACUGAAACUGACCAAGGGAUCUAGCAUAUCAGAUUGCCCCGGGAUGACCAUUACGCUGCUGGUUUAUGACCAUUUAGACGGUGGGAAAUUCAAGUGCCUGAGAUGUGGGAUUAAGAUUAAAGCCCUGGGAAGGAAUCUCUUCUCUAGGGGCGCAGGACUUGUAAAAAUAAAAGCGACCGUUGGAUAGGACUAGAAGUAGAACUCAGCUGGACAGGAAAGCGGACAGUCGGGGAGAGCUUCGAUGGUUAGGAGUAGAGGACAGUCGUGAGGACGCAGUGGACAGAGAGACGAAUCGAGGACAGUCAGAAAUGAGUGUGAGAGAGAAAGAGUAGGUGAAUUUGAUGUAGAAGACAAAUAAAAGGUGAAAGACUAUAAUGUCUAUAACCAUCGCCUGAGUUGUCUGAUUGGUGAAAUAUGAGAUACAGAUUGAAGGUUUAACAGAGACGAAACAAGGUUCUCUACAAUAUAUGGAAGAACCUGAAACUGAAAAGUCACAGUUUUAAGUUUUAUAAUAUUAUUUCACUAUUUAAGUAAGAAUUUCCUGCCCCAGCUCUCUGUGACAGUCUCGGUGUCAUAUUUCAUAUUGCUUCAACCUUCAUGGUCCUCCCCAUACUACAAAUUUCAUUGGCACAUAGAUUUUCUUGGUUUUUCCUUAUUAUUUAGCCUUAGUCUAAGUCAAAGUCCUUGACAACGUCAGUAGUGACAUUUUUAGGUCUUUACUUUGCUGAGACUGGGGCCAUCCACACACUAUUUGACAUGGGGGGGGGGGCAAAAUUUAGGUGGCUAAGAUAGCCUACCAAUAAUAGAGUUUAGGCCAAAGGUUAUUUUGAACUGACAAAUUAGACAAAUAUUGAGCAGGUGUGCAAAAAAUUUAUUUCAAUUUUAAAAAAAUACUUUAAAAAACUAUACUAAAACCUCUAUGGCUUUAAAAUAGCUAAAAUUCGAAGGCUCAAGCGAGUAAACCAUACAGGUUGGCAUAUAUGUUAUUACUGUCAAGAGGAAAUUGUUAUUUAAAAUUAAUAUAUAUGCCAUUCAUGUCAGACAUGCACUAAAUAUGGCUUGAGAGAGACUUGGAGUAUUGUGAUUCACUGAGAGCAAUGUCUGGUAUAAAUUUCACUGACUACCCACAUUUUUCAUGGCAAAUACAAAAAUAUGGAUUGCCAAAUUAUUCAUAGGUUGCCUAUAGGAAAGGCUUAGGCCCUUAUUAUUCUGUUUGCCUACUUUCUGCCAACAUGUCCAUUUCCAAGUUUGGUUGAAUGGACUGAGUACCGAAACUUUGUUUGAGUGUUUCAUAAAUCUUUAACUUUAUUUUAGUUUGCAGCUAAUGCUCAUUUUAAUAGCACUUAUCAUAUCAUAAGUUAAUAGAAAGAAAUUAUUCUUCCAAUGGAACAAAAUUAUGAACUUAUAAUGAGUUGUGUUUAAUUUAUGUACUUCAUGAAUGAGAUAUUGAAGUUAGGUUUGCAUAGAUAACAAAUUGGCUGUUUAGUGCUAGAUACAAAAUAGAUACAAAAAUAUAUUUUUUUUACCUCACUCAAAAAAGGUUGUUGAUCCUUGGUUUAGGGGGUCAGAGUAGGCAAUUAUUUUUAUUUUCUGAAAAAUUUGAUCCUUUGCAUGCAAGGUUUAUCUAGGUUAUUCCCAUAAUUCCACGGCACACAAUAGCAUACACAAAUAUUGGAUUUCAGACAAUAUCUGUGAAAUUGCUAUGUGAAAGUGGAACUUUCAUUUUAAAAAUAAUGUUAAAAUUCAUAAUGAUCAGAAAAAUAUAAUACAAAAAAAAAGAAGAAAAAAAAAGGAACAAUAAAUCAACUUCAAUUACAACAUAAGAAAAGACUAGAAAAAGGAAUCUUACCUCUAUUCUAUGCUUACCAAAAUUAAAUAAUAUAUAUUACAUUAUAUUUAAAUUUAACAAAAAGUAUAAACUUUUUGCUGAACAGAGCAUUUACAUAGUGGUUCAAAAGCAACUCAAAUUUCACUAUCAGGACUAUCAGACUUUCAAGAGCAACAAUUUAUAUCAAUAAUUUUUUAACCGUAUCUGGAAUCGAAUAGCUCCUGAACAGCAAGAUCUACAUGACUCUAAAUAUAAAUAGAUUUUUUCAAUUCAUGAUCAGCCAAUGCGAGAUGACUCCAUUAACUCUUACCAUUUAGUGCUGGCCAUUUUAAGUUCAUUAACUUGUAUCCAGUUUCUUGUCUCAUGUUUUGUGGACUGGCAACGUAAGGCUUGUGGAGGGGGCUUUUCAGAUCACCAUUUUGGGCAACACUGUAGUAGAUCACCAGCUUUAAUAAUGGUGUUAUUGUCCAGAUGAUUCUAUUCUAUUGGGUAGCCACUGGGUAAGAUAAAUCAUUUGGUAAUAAUAACAUGCUUCGAUAGAAAAAUUUGAGGUUUGAUCUUGAUAACCCCCCUCUGCAUGGGGGAAUAUGGUAGAGUCGAAUGUGGGGAGACAUCGCCUCUUAGGUGAGCCUGAUCUUAGACUUUCCUUAAGCAGAGCAUGGAUUUCUAUUAAAUGUGUUCCUACUGAAAAUUUGGACCUGGGUUUACCUAAUUUAUGUCUGUAUAGUUUCAGUUGGUAAUCUUAAUGAAAAAAGUGUUACUACUUAAAGAACAGUGGUAGGGCUUGUAAAAUAGCAAGGGGUGCAAUACAAUUGUGAGCAAAGAUAGCGAUGAUUAUAACAGAUGUACAAUAUGUAUUAUUAUAGUGUUGUACAAUAUGUAUUAUUAUAGUGUUGAUUUAAGAGUAUGAGUGUUGUUAAGUAAUCUUCAACCACACAUUUAACAAAUGGUAUCACUUUACUAAGCCAGUCCAAGCAAACAUUAAGAAUAGUUGAUUGAUGUAGAAGUAAGUUAUUAUUACUAAGUGUAAUAUCUAAAACUUUUGAGUAAUAAUAUCAUAGUUUAAAAAGCUUUGGUUUUGAUUUAUAAAGUUAAUCAGUUCAUUACUGAAUUAAUUAAAGUUAAAAGCUUUAUUGUAUUUUAAUCAACAGUUCAAUCAUUAGUUAAUCUUUUACAUUUUUAUUGUGUUAUAUUCUUUACAUUUAUAGAUUUUUGCAAACACAUGACCUGAAUAAUUAAAUUUUUUUUGUUAGUGAGGGUGUUAGGGUGAGUUUAUGGCGUUAGGGGGUGAUGGCCAAAAAAGUUUGAGAUCCACUAUGUUAGAUACAGAUAAUUCAUCUAAUCUAAAUUUUUAAAAAUUGUGUGAAUUAUUUAUAAGUUUUUGCAUACGGAUAUAUUAAAUUUGACCUGAAUCUCAAUAUUGUAUUAAAAAGUUCCCUAAUUCUUAAAUAACUUAAAAAAAAUGUUUUUUUCCCCAGGGAGCUGGUUAUUAUACAAGUAUAUUUGGAAAAAGAUUAAAGAAAUAAGAGAUGAAGAAGACAAACAGUAUCUAAUAUUUGUUAGGUGAGAUCAGACAUUUGGAAAUGUAAUUAUGACCAUUUUUAGGAAAAUCCAUCUAUUUAUGGGAUGUUUUUUGUCCUUCACAUGUGCAGAUGAACAAAGCGCUAAAUUUGAUGGUGGAUGCGCAAGUGUGUCCCCCCGUUCCCCCCCCCCCUCCCGAAAUUCGGUUCCCAAUGAUGGUUAUCUUAACACCUAUGUGUGUGUUGUGAGUCAUAUAAUGUGUAAAGUCAUCUUUUCCAUGUUAACUAAUUUGAGAAAUAUCUUAAGCAUUACUUAUUUUAAUCUAAAGCAAAGUUAAUACAUAACAGAGACUAUAAUAAAAGGGCACCAUGACAUGGGAUGUGGAUUGUAUCAAGGUGGUUGUUACGAUCUUCCCGAGGUUAAUAACUUCCACAUGUUAGGAUCUACCUUCUUUUCAAAUGAACAACUCCUACAUUAACUGAGGGCAGUAGACUCCCUCGUUGUCUAGGGGUUACAAUCACAACAUAAAUCACAAACUUCAGUGUUACGAUCUCGAUAUUACCACAGUUUAAUAGCUUCGUUGUCUAGGGGGUAAUUCAAUUACUUAAUAAACCAUUGAUUCAUGUCAAAUGUAUCUUUAUUAAACAAACAACUCUGAAAUUCUAAAACCCUUUUAUCUAAUUACUCCAUCACUGCUAUCCAAAACCAUAAAACUAUCACGUUAUUUCCCAUUUCCAAAUACAUCAAGAAAUACCAAGAACAUAGAAACAGCUACACAAGUACUCUUAACAUCAAACAUGCACGCACAAAACCUCUCAUGAUCAACAACUUUCCAUACCAAACAUUCACAUCCCUAAAUCUUGUUCACAAGAGUGGUCAAAAGGGAAAUAAACACAGCCUCAAACACACUAAAAAUUUUUGUAGUCAUAAUGAUGUUUUAAAAUGUUUUGAUUUUUCCAGAAGGCAGCAUCAUUUUGAUAGUAAUCAAAGAACCUGCAACAUGACAGGUGAGUAAUAAGACCAAAUUUACCAGGAGAUUUCCUUGUGUUUAAAAAAUGGAAUCCUUAGAGAUCAGUACCCGUAUAUGAAAACCAUGGUUAACCCUGUUCCAACUAAGCAGCCGUAUCAGCAGUUAAAAAUUCUUUGCUCCAAGAUUAUACAGGUUAUAUGCCAUGUUUGAGGAGAAAUAGUGUAUCGGUAAACUUAUAAUUCAGCUCUUGAUGUAUCAAGCUGUUUAUUGUUCCAAUAGUUUUCAUAUGAAGCUCUGAGAUAAAGAAUUAGGGUAAUCACAAAUAUGGCUCUGUUCAAUGGUAAAAUGUUGUCCUCAAUGAUAAUUUGUGUGGAUUUUAAAGGAACAGCGCAAAGUGCAUACAUUUCGGUAAAGAUUUAAAUUUCUCUGCAACUGCAUUAGAAGUUAACUAUUAAGACCCUUGUAAAGUUAAGCUUUUUUUCAGAUCCAGAAGUAAAUUAUGGAAUCACUGUGUAAAUGUACAUUACCAUUUGUUCAAAGAUGUAUAUUUGUUUAUAUAGAUCAAUAAAAUAUUUAUUUUCCAGUUUUGGGGAUGGUACCAAAUUUACGUGAGACAUUGAUCAAGUCUCUAGACACAGAAAGGGUCAAGGAGCUUCUCAAAUCCAAGUGAACUUUGAUUUUAUUUCUUUUAGAUUUUAAGAAAAACAACUUUGUUUCAGAGAAUGACAAAUAUAAUAACUGUUGAGAUUAUAGAUCACAUAGAAUGAAGGUUAUUUUGUUACAGUUAUAUUUAGGUCACACAGAUUAGCAAAGUAGAAAACUAUUUAUUAUUCCUGUGUAUACCUGCAACUGUGAAGGCAUACUUGUAGCUGAUUUGAUUUGUGGAUCAUUUAUUCAUUUGUUAAUUAUAAUUAUUUAAAGCUUUUAUACAAAUAUUAAAAUACUAUUUAAUAUACCUGGCUUUCAGCUGGUAUACUAUUUAAAUUCAUAGUAUUAUUAAUUAGAAAAACUCUUAUUGACAUAAUAAUUGUAAGGUUUUCCUAAUUACGGGUAAAAAAGAAUUGUCAAGUUUAUUUUUAAAAACUUUAAUUGUCUCAUCUUUAAACAAAAAUUUGAACACAUCUAGAACUUUAAAUAUUUAAAAAAAAACACUUGAAUAUCAAUUAUAUACAAAUAACAACUUGAAAGUUAAAUAAAUUUUUAAAAAAGCAACUUGAACUUAAAAAUAUUUACAAAUAUCAAAUUAAUCAUUCAUUAUAUAUAUAUAUAUAUAUAACUUCACCUUAAACCUUAAAUAUUAAUAAAAACAACUAGAACUUUAAAAUUAGUUGUUUUUGUAGUUUUUUAAAAACCAUUGUGAAUUUGGGAAAGAACACAAGAAUGACUUGUUUAUUACUGUGACUUUAUUUUGUUUUCCUACUGUUAGGUCAAAUGUAUAUACAAUAAUAUUCAUGAAAAUAUCAAAUUUUUCAGAAUUUCUAUCCACUAAAUUGUUGUGCUUACAUCAUUUUUAUCAUUAGGUUUUUAUUAAGACUAAUGACAGUUGCACUUUAUUUUGUUUUCAUACAGUUAAAUUAAAUGUACAGACACAUACUAUUUUUCAUGAACAUUUUUUAAAGGUUUUUAUUAAGUCUAAUGAAGGUUUGAUCUUUUGAAGUCCUCAAAAUAGUUAUAAUUGAAUAAACAUAGAUGUUUACCUUAAUAUAUGAUAUUUAUUUAUCAGUGUCAUGUUAAACAUGUUAAUUUGUAAAAGACUUAUUUUGAAAUAAAUUAAAUGCUGUAAAUUUUAAAAGUGUACCUGAAAUAAACAGAACUUGUAAGACAUAUUAAACAAACCUCAAAAGUAGUUCUCUACUGAUACUGGUAAAAUUUUCACAGAUAAUUCUACUGACAACAUUAUGGCAGUAACUCAAAAAGAUAGAAUUUAUAUGCAGAAUGAGAAACCACAUUUUCUUCAUUAACACUACAUAUUCUGUUUAUUUUAUUUAUAACUGAGUUUGCUUUUGUAUAAAAGACAGGGAAUUUCAUUAUGUACAGGUACUAAAAUUCGUUCUAUUUAUUUGUCUCUGCUAGUCCACCAAAUAAACUUGAACUAUGGGAAGAGCUGAAAGUUAUGAGUAAGUAACAAUACAUUUUCUAAUAUUUUGCAUGAGAGUUACUAAAAUUUCAUAUCUAUUAGAACAGGCCUGCACAACAUACAGCCCGUGGGCCACAUGCAGCCCGCCAGCACCCACUUUGUGGCCCGGGAAGUAACAAAAUAUUCUUUAUUCUUAUUAUUUUCUUAAUAGUUUUUCCCCUGUCCUAUUUUCUUUUGGGCCGCACAAGUAAUGUCCUAUUUUCUUUUGGCCCGCACAAGUCAUGUCCUAUUUUCUUUUGGCCCGCACAAGUUUUUCAUAAAGUAUUACGGGCCGCCUUACAUUUUGAGUUGUGCAGGCCUGUAAAAGAAUAUAAGAGUAAUUAAUCUAACAUUCUGCUAUUAACUUAUUUUUUAUUUAGUUUCAAGGUUGUUUAAAGAAGGUUUCUUUUUUGAGAUCAAUAAACUAUUUUCUUUCAUUGGUUUAGUGGACAAUUAUAUCAAAUCGGGUUCAAGCCGAGAAAAAUCUACCCCUGGGCAAAGCCUGAAAAUUUUAGUUUAAAAAAAAAACAAAAAAACUGAUAUAUGAUAUGGUCAAUAAUUAUGAUUGAGACAUAUAUAUGAUAUGCAGUGCUUGUGAAUAUUAUUGUUGUUUGUCAGCUGAAGUCGACUAGGACCAUCGAGUCAUCCAAUUAGGGGGAGGGUGGGUUACGGUGAGCUCGUAGGUGGCUUGCUAGACCGAUCUGUGCUUGGAAUAAUCUCUGGCACCGCGGGCAGGGGAUAGUUGCUGCAGAUGGUGACCUAGUGAGGCUCUUUCGGGCGUGUCUCCGCUGUGGUUAUCCUAUUAACUUCAUGGGAUUUAGCCCCCUUCUUGACAGCUGCUCUCCACAUGGCUCUGUCCUGGGCUGUCUGCACCCAUUGAGUAGGGUUGAUGCUGAAGGCCUUUAGUGCCACUUUCAGUGAGUCUUUGUAUCACUUUUUUUUACCUCUUUGGGAGUGCUUGCCUAUUGUGAAUUCUCCGAGAAUAUCUGUUUUGGGAGCCGAUGGUCUUCCAUACGGACUACGUGUCCCAUCCAACGGAGUUGGGACUGCAUCAGGGUGGUGAAGAUACUAGGUAGGUUCGCUCUAGCGAGGACCUGUGUGUCAGGGACUUUGUCUUACCACCUGAUGCCGAGAAGUUUCCUGAGGCAGGUUGUGAUUCAGUUUCCUGGCGUGACGCUGGUAGACUGUCCACGCUUCACAUUCGUAGAGCAAUGUCGAGAGGACUUCUGCUCUAUAGACCUUGAUCUUUGUUUCUCGUCUAAUACUUCUCCUGUCCCAAACAGUCCCGCGGAGCCUGCAAAAUGUGGCACUAGCUUUUGCGAGUCUGCCAUUCAUUUCAUCAUCCAUGACGACAGAUCUGCAGAGGGUGCUGCCCAAGUAAGUAAAUUUAUCCAUCGUGUUGAGACGCUGUCCACUGAUGGUGAUGUUGGGCUCAAUGUAGGGCUUACUGGGAGCUGGCUGAUACAUCACCUCAGUCUUCUUUGUGUUGAUUGUGAGGCCAAAGUUAUUGCAGGCCUUAGAGAAGAUAUCAAGGCUGUUUUGCAUGGCAGCGUUGAUGGCACAAUCGCCCGCAAACAGAAGCUCGUUGAUGGUGUUAUGUUUGACCUUGGUUUUAGCUUGAAGCCUCCUAAGGUUGAAGACUGAUCCAUCAGUGUGAAACUGGAUUGGCAAGCAAACUUGAACGCAUCAGACAGCAUUGCAGAAUACAUAAUACUGAAGAGUGUGGGAGCAAGGACACAGCCCUGCUUCACACCGUUUGUGACAGGGUAUGCUUGAGAUGACUGACUUGGGCCAUCAUGCAGCAGACAGAUGAUGUUGGUGAACUUGUCUGGGCAUCCGUACUUCUUCAUGAUUUUCCACAGGCCACCUCUAUUGACCCUGUCAAAAGCCUUAUUCAAGUCGAUAAAUGUGGAAUAUAUGUCUGUAUUUUGCUCCUGGCAUUUCUCUUGAAGCUGCCUAGCAGCAAACACCAUAUCGAUACUUCUGCCUUUUUAGGGAAACCGCAUUGACUUUCGGGUAGGAGACCUAGCUCCAGAUGUGCAUUCAGGCGGUUCAGAAGGGCUCGGGCCAAGAUCUUGCCUGCAUUGGACAGCAGUGAACUUCCGCAGUGAUUGUCGCAGGCCUGGCGGUUUCCUUUGUGUUUGUACAGGUGGAUAUUCGAGGCAUCCUUGAGGUCUUGUGGUACAGUUUCUGCCUGCCAGAUGAUCUGAAUAGACGCAAUAGCUUAUACGUCAGUGCUGGUCCAGCCUCUUUGUAGAUUUUGGCAGGAAUCAUGUUGGAGCCAGAUACUUUGCCAUUGGACAUUUGGCAGAUUGCUGUCUGUAUCUCAUCUAAAGUUUGGACGGCGUCUAGUGACUUGUUCGUUGGGACCUGGGGCAGUCUUUCAAUGGCCUCAUCAUUAAUGUUGGAAGGCGAAUUGAGCACACUAUCAAAGUGUUCCGCCCAUCUUUUCAAGAUUUUCUCCUUGUCUGUAAUGAGUGUAGGAGAGGAGAAGAGCCUCUGAGGUGGCCACUCCAUAGAUUUCUCUCAGGUCACAGUAGAAGUUUUUCAUGUCUUUCUUGUCUGCAAAGCCCUGAAUUUCAUCAGCAGUUGAAUCUGGACCUUGCUGCGGAUGCUCCGCAGUGCAGCUGUCUUUACUGUUGGCAUUGGGUCAUCAUGGAGGGCCUUGUACGCCCGACGUUGGAUGUGAACUUUCAUCUUCGAGACGAUGAGGUGGUGAUCCGUCCAGCAUUCUGCACCACACAUGACCUUAGUCACCCUCUCGUCCUGGCGGUCCCUAUUUCUGACUAUGACAUCAAUUAGGUGCCAGUGUUUUGAACGGGGGUGAAUCCAGGAGGUCCUGUUGCGCGUAGGCAGGCUGAAGGUGGUGUUCGUUAUUAGAAGGCCAUGUUCAGCACAGGUCUGCAGUAGCAGUAGGCCGUUGCUGUUGCACUUUCCAACACCCUGCUUCCCAAUCACUCCCCCCCCCCCCCCCCCCCCCCCCCGAGGAAGUGUAGUCACUGUCGAUACGUGCAUUUUAAUAGAUCCAAGUAUGAUGAGUUUUUCAGCAGUCGGUGUGGAAGAGAUGAUAGUAUUCAGGUCUUCAUAAAAAUUAUGUUUGGUCUCUUCUGUGUUUGUCAUGGUGGGUGCAUAGGUACUGACUAAGGUAGCAGACUUCUUUCCAUGGCAGAGGGGUAGUUUCAAUGUCAUAAGACGGUCAUUGAUACCUUUAAAGGAGAGCUGGGGAGUCUGCUCACAAGAGAGGAUUUAAUAACAAAGCCAACACCAGCUUCUUGCCUUGCAUCAGGGUCGCGUCCGCUCCAGAAGAAAAAAUAGCCAGCAAGCCUUUCUGUGAGUUCACCCUUGCCAGAGAGUCUGGUUUCACUGAGGGCGGCGAUGUCUAUAUUGUAUCUCGCAAGUUCAUGGACAAUAAGCGCCGUGCGUCGUUGAGGUCUGUUUGAAGUGUCCCAGUCAAGCAGUGUGUGGAUGUUCCAUGUGGCAAUUUUAAGUGAAAUAGUGAUUAUCCUUGAUUUUCGACCGUAAAAUUUGGGUCCCUGCCGACUGUGUUCAGCCGGCCGUGUUCAGCCGGCCAGGGUGUGAAGGAGCAGGCAAUGUUUUGGGCAUCUAUUCUAGCCCAUCGUUAUGCAUUUAGGAGAGCCUGCCUGUCGCCACUUGACUUGGGAUGAUGGGUAAACAAAGAUUCUGAUCCUGUACAGAUUCUUAAGCAUAUAUUCCAAAAAAAGAACUAUUUCACACAAUUAUUUUCUAGUGAAAUCCAUGUUUGCUUCCUCUUCUGCUCUUUUGGAUUUGUUUUUUCCGCCAUCUUGUUGCAGCCGCAAGUAAUUGUAAUAUGCCUAAAGUCACCGUACUGAAAAGAAAAGACUAACAAUAUUUCCUUGUUGUCAUCUGUAAAUGUAUUUCUCCUGAAAAAAAACUAACAUACACACUAUUAGCUUGUUGAUUUACCACAGUAUACAUAAUGUAAAUGUUCAUAGUGUGCACUGACUUGCCAUAUCCCUUAAGUAGAUUUUCAAACAUAUCACUUAACAUUAGUUGCUGCAGACUCCUGCCGCAAAAUGAGUCUAUUUUUUUUCGUAAUGCAGGCACAGUUCUUGGCAGAUCUUCACAGUUCAAUACACUCUUUAAACAUUUCCCUACAACUAGGCAUCAGGUGACGUAAGAUCAGGGGAGUGAAAUGUGUACGGGAAGUGAGUAGCGCGUAAAAUGAUUCGUCCAGGAAAGUUUUUCUGCAGCAUUGCAAUGGAUGCUCAUCACAUUUGCACUUUGACAACAUCUGGCCCAUCAAAACCAAGGAAGCAAGUUGUCUGGCAAUUAAUGUAGCAAUCCAAGGAAAUGUGACUUGCGGCAGAGAACCACACAUGCCUAAACAAAACCUUGCCAAAUAUGCUCCACAAUUUAUCAUCCUGGCUAUAUAUCAUAUCUGACUUUUCGAACUGGUACAAAAAUACAACUAUGUCUUUUGACAAGCAGCAAACGGAAGUAUUGUUGCUAAUCAGUUUCAAAUAUGCUCGAUGUUACUGGCUGACCAGUCUAAGCCUUCCCUUGAGAUAGUACAGUUCCAGAAUGUCAAAAGUUCUAAACAACAGACUGCAUAACCGUGUUACUUAGUUCUUAUAAAAUCUCUCUCUGAAUUGUUCUGCCACCUUUUUCAAACUGGGUCCCCUUUCACGACCAGUUCCGCAUUAGAGAAAAUAGUUCUGAACUAUAAAAAUAUUUUCCUGUAUAAAGAGACCCAUUUCUAACAACAACUGCCCAACACAACUUCCUUGAAAACUCAGGGAACACAGGGUGGCUUGAGCUAUGCACCAAUGACAAAUGCACUUACACAUUAAAGAUGUGGCAGUUUCAGUAUUCUUACUUUUGGGGGAUGUGGUAUAAUAUAUAUAUAUUAUAUUCAUUUGUGUUGUGUGUGUAUAUAUAUAUUUAUUUAUUUUUUUAUUUAUAUAUAUAUAUAUAUAUAUAUAUAUAUUUAUUUAUUUAUUUAUUUAUUUAAAGAUAGUUUACGAUUUUGACAGAUACUGGCACAAAUGGUGGUCACCUCCUUUUUGUGGCCCUGUAACCAAUUCUGAUCAUUAAAAAAAAAAAGCUUCUAUUAUCUGCCAGAUGUUUCAUAAUUUUGUUAGCAAUAAUAGAAGUAAAGUUCCAUGGUUUUUGUUACUUAAAAGGGUUACCCCACCCCACAUUUAUUUCAUCUAACAUAACCAACAUAGGCCAAUCCAGGGCAGAGUAAAUCACUCAGAGACCUGUCGGCUUGUUUUUGUGUAAACUAGUGGCACACAGAUAUUUUAUGCCGGUAUUGGAGGAAUAGCCUUAUUAAUAAAUUAUCUAUCCUUCAUAGUUUGAUAACAUAAUGAGAAUCUAUUGAACACUUUAUAUAACCAUUUUAAAAUAGGUGUUACCCGCACUUUGGCAGCUGUAUAUGGAACGUGCAUGCUGUCAGUUAUGUUACGAGUCCAGCUAAAUAUUGUUGGUGGAUAUCUCUACCUGGACAUUUUACAUCCACCAAAUGGUGUCGUAAGUACUUGGGCAUGUCAAAUAAUGCCUCUUGGAACUUUAGGAUUAAUCUUAACUUUUAAAAUUGUGUUUGAGCUGUUGAGGAGAAAUAAUGCAAUAUUUAUUUUGAUAACUGGGGAACCUCUGGAAUAGUUUAAUUAAACUAUGGAAUAGUUUAAUUAAACUAUUGCAAGUUAAUUUGAUCACAAGUGAAUAAAAAAUAUCCUGAUAAAUUUGAUAAUGUCCUUAGAAAAGACUCUCAAAUAGUUGCAGUUCUAAAAACGAACUGAAUUUUAAGUAAUCUAUAGACCUGAUGGUGGGGGGGGGGGGACACAACGACUCCAUUUUAAAUCUAAUUGAACCCAUAUAUCCCUUUUUCGUUGAAGGUUAAAAAACUCAAAUAGUUGCAGUUCUAAAAACGAACUGAAUUUUAAGUAAUCUAUAGACCUGAUGGUGGGGGGGGGGGGGACACAACGACUCCAUUUUAAAUCUAAUUGAACCCAUAUAUCCCUUUUUCGUUGAAGGUUAAAAAUAUAUGUCAGAAAUCUUGAGGGUAUUGUAUUAAAUGUAUAGCUAAUCUUUUGGAAACUUGUGAUGUAAUUUAAGGACUGAAUUAUUUGCAACACAGACAAACAUACUCAAGUAAAUCUCAAGUAUUUAUUGUACAACUCUAAUAUAUAUAUAGUAGGCUGAAAUGCUAAAAAAUAACACUUUGGUUAGUUUUUAAAACACAGAUGCAUCAUGAAAUUUCCAUCAUUAAUUGGACAUAUUUCUCAAGAACGUUGAUGUAUCCUAACGGCAUUUUUCUGAUGUUACAGAAACAUGAAGCUGGUCAUAACUGUGCAAUACCACCAAAAGUUCAAGAGCGAUAUUUAUCAUUGGUGAAACAGUUCAUCGAGCAAGGUAUUUUUAGCAGUAACUCAUAGAUAGUUCAAAAUAUUUCUGUAUUGGAAAAAACAAUAUAGACUUAUUUUGCGUCUAAAUCAGUGGUUGCCUAAAUAAACAGUAAAAUACAUUCUUAACUUUCAAAAUCAAUACCUGAAAAAAACAACUUUUAUUACUUGCUAGACCUAAUAGAGAAUAAAUUGUACAGAAAUAUUAUGAAAACAUUUAAAUAAGAAACUUAGAUUAGUUUUCAAAAGAUGUUAAAAUGAACAAUAAAAAUAGUGCAUGUUCCACAAAAUGAAUCAAGUUGAGGGAUAUUAGUUGCCUGAAAUUUGUCAUCAGCAUCCAUAGUUGCUCCAGAGUCAAUUUUUGCAUUUCACCCCCAUCUCGGCAUGUUUUACUUCCUGUACAGCAAGGCACCAUUGGGUAUGGUAUUCAGCUCAGAGCUCCUAUUUUCUUGUGUUAAUGCUAACUGCCUUCAUAUCUUUUUUUGCACAUAUUCUUGUAGCAUAGAAUUGGACGUACAGAGGGUUGUACCUAAUCUGUCAGGCUGCUGUACAAAUAAAAGCAGGUCCCUUGUAAUGUGUGCCGUGUAAUGUGUGCUGGACCUUAGUUUUAGGCAAUUGAUCAUGUCAUUCAAUGUGCAGAUUGGACCACCGACAUCUCAGGUGGAAGCUGUUGGGUUCUGCUUUGGCUUCCAAUUCUUAUUGCCAAAGAUGAAUGUACAGUUUGGUCCUCUCUGUGAGAUCACAGCUGUUCCAGACCCUUUUGUUCAAUCUGGCAUUAACACCCACUGUUUUGGCUGUCAUGUCUCUCACCUCUUGAGCUUAACAACAGCUGACCCCUAAAAGUGCGAGGGUGUAAGAGAUAACUUACAAGCUGUUUUUAUCACUGUUUCAUGUUGUUAAGGCUGCAUCAUUGGUAAAGAGCAGUUAACAGAUGAGAACCUUGUGAUUUAGUCUUGGAGAUGGAAUAUGUUGCACAGCUGGCCAUCAAACCCGGAGUGAAUAUAAAUCUGUAAUUGUAGUCUUUAAGCAAGGAGAAGACGUAAAAUGCAUGGGUGCAGGAAUGCGGCCUUCCUUUACUCCGCUGCUGACUUGGUUGUGCUCUGACUUUGUGCUGUUGAAGCACAUUGUGCUGUGCAUAUUAUCAUUGACCUGACAAGACCGUCAAAAUUUUAUUCUGACUGAAAGCGAUAUAGAGAGGCCUCUACUAUUGAUAAAGAGAUGCAUCUACUAUUGAUAUAAAGAGGCAUCUACUAUUGAUAUAAAGAGACAUCUACUAUUGAUAUAGAGAGGCAUCUACUACUGAUAUAGAGAGGCCUCUACUAUUCGCAACAUGUACCGUACAGUUCAUACUAGUUUUAUUUUAAUUAAAUUUCUACUUAUAUUAAGGAAAGGUAGGAGAAAUACAGCAGUGAAAUAUUUGUUUUUUUUGUACGUUCAUUAGGCACAGAUCCUAACUUAAAUGCAAAUAAAAAAUUUUAGACUUCAAGUUUUAUCUUUUUCAGGGUUUUUAGAUUUCAUUCAUUAUCUGCGAUUAGCUGUUGCUAAGGAAAUUGGUUGGUAAGUUCAGUUCAUUUUUAUGUUGAUAGGACAAUUAUUUACACUAGUAAAACUACAAAAUAUUUUUCUUGGUAACUAAAUCAUACCUAAAGAUUUUUUAAGGUGUUGGCUGAGGAGCUUAAUUUUAACUCAUUAAUAAUUUGGGGCCAGUGUUAUAGAUGAAAUUAUAUAAGAUUUUACAUCUAACUGCUCACACCAUAUUGUAAGUUUAAACAAAUUUACAUUAUUUAUAUUUUGGAUUCUUUUAUUUAAUUUCUGCUUUGUUGCUCGGAUAAAGUCACUGAAAGUCAUGCUUGGAUAUGUUCAAGAGCAAUGAUCUGCAAUUCAUUUACUGCUCUUAAAUAUUUAAUAUGCAAAGAAAAUUAUAUAAGAAUAAGGGCACAAACAUUUGCUUUUUUAAAAAAUAAAAUCUCAAUGAAAUUAUAACUAAAGAAUUUCAAAAUAUUCUUUGCUGAAUGUAUUUUAAAAAAUUAGUUUAGGUCACAUUAUUUUGGAUUACUUAAGCUGUUUAAAAAUUCCUGAAACAUUUAGACACCCUAACCAUGUUCCCUCCCACCAGAUCCUUGGGAUUAUAUCAACUGUAUGUAAUAUUCUUCAAACUUCCUGUAGUAUUGAAUUAUUACAUUUAAUUGAAUCAGUGGUAUUUAUUUUUUCUUUCAUUCAUCGAAAAAGCACCUGAAUUUUAAUUAAUAUGUAACAAUAGUAACAUGUAAUAAUUUAAUGACUACUCUGUCAAACUAUCUUUACAGCUUUCCUUUGAAAGAGUUGGUGUCUCUGGACAAUAUGACUUCAGUGUUUGAAAAUAUCAGGGAGAGGGUUGAGUGUGGUGUAGACAAACCAACUCUGUCAUUGUACCCCUAUCUGUUGACAAGUGAACAAGUGCCUGAUAUAGCAAUGACUGUAAGUGUUAUUUUAAAAAAAUAUUUAAAAAUGGGAUAAUCUCAUGAAUUUAUUUAAAAAGUAUGAUUUUUCUAUUGAAAAUUUGUGUGAUAUAUUUUCAUGUUAGGAUAAAAUUUAAAUUUAUUUGAGUUAGCAAAAUGACAUUACACUUGGCAGAGAUAAAUAAUCUUGUUAAGAAAACAAAGCCUUGCUUUUUGAAUAAAUAAAUAAUAGUUAUAACUCUGAUUGGUGUUUAUUUGAAUGAGGUACAACUAAAAUAUAUUGAAGAGUUAAAAAAAUUGUUUACAUUCCAUAUUGGGGAAAUAAUCUUAAGGUACUGUCUAGGCCAUAUAUAUACAUGUUCUGACAGUCUAGUUGUACAUAAACUGAAAUUUAAAAAAAUUGUGUAUUUAACCAUUUUAUUUCAGUCAGUAAUGAGUCCAGAAGACCAAUUAUUAGAACGUUUAGUUAGUGAAACAAGGGACAUUUUAGAAAGGUAAGUAGUAAAUACAGAAAUAGGGCUAGUAUAUUAAAUUUUUUAGAAAAUGUUAGGAAACUGGGUAUCAGGAAUAUGCGUUUCUAUUAUAAUUAUAUUAAAUGUGCAUUUUUAAAAAUACUUAUUGUCUAAAUUUGAUUAUUCAAAAUUUUUUUAUCAUUUCUCUACAAGUACUGUUUGACUUUGAACUAUUGUUAGGUAGUCAGUAAGUAAGUGCCUAUGUUUUAAAUUUGAAUUGGGCACUAAUAAAAUCCAUGUCUGUACAAACUAGCCAUUUUUGGUUAAGUAUAUUGAUUUGGGUAUUAUAUUCAACUGUUAAUACUCUGGUUUGCAGAAUGAUACAAACAAACCUGUUUAAUCUUUGGCGUACAAUGUACUUUUUGAGGUGCAUACAUUCUUUAUACUGUAUGUUUAAUUUUUUACUAUUAAGAUAAUGUAUUGACAGAUUUUGUGAUGAUAAUGUACGAUUUAAAGAGUUUGAGGGUAAACAGGUCUGUACAAAGCUGAAAUUCAGUACACAGCUUAGUCUGAGGGAGAUCUUCCUAUUUCUUAAUCUAUAUGCAAUCAACUCUCAAUAUCUCAGACUUGGUAAAGUAUGACAGUUUCAAAUUUGCUUUGAAUUUUUAAAAUAAUCCAUUUCGUUUUGAGCCUUUGACUGAAUUUUUUUGUCACAGAAAUUAUCAUGUGGCACAAGGCUUAUUUAGAGCCAUAAUGCACCAGCCACUUAUCAGCAGGCUUAAGUGUUAGACAUACAUUCAGUGUAAUGCAGGUAGUUUUUGGAGAUCCUGCAACACAGUUCUGCUAUUUCUUCUAUAUUGCACACCAUGAGCUUCCAUAUUCUUGACUGAAACAUGAGUACCUGGUACAUGUCUACUUAUUAUGCUCUACAAUCAACCAUUGCCAUUCCUGUGCCUGUGUUAUUUGAUUACAUAUCUGAUAUGUAUUGUUUACCUCCUCAUCACAUUACGGAAUAAUCUUACUUUAGAUACAGUAUAAUUUUUCAUUUAUUUAUCACGUUUAUUUGCCCUGGAUAAGACAGACUUUUCAUAACACAGACAGAGCCCUACGCCAUGUAAAAUGAGUUAAUCUGCGCCAUUUAGUAUGAGUUAUUGAGAGAUGACUGCGAUUACAUUUUCAAAUCCGCAGUGAAAUAAAGAUGAUGGUCAAUUAUGCUAAAGCUUUCAUUUAACAUUACAUGUGUACCAUACUAUUCACCUCAAUUUUAAUGAUUAAAAAUUAGGGAUGUUAAUCGUAAAUCGCAAACAGUUCCAAGUAGGCCUUGGAGCUUAUAUUUAUUACCAGUGACUAGACUGCAAUAAUGCGAUGUGCAGACUUGUAAAUGAAUACCUACCAAAAGAAAAACCCAGUUGACACCUGUUUUCAUUAGCUGAUAUAGUGACACAUUAUUUUUGUUAUUUUACUUUUAUUUUUUAAAUUUUGUUUAUUUUUAUCUGUGAUGUUGGUUUUUAAAAUGUAUUUAUUAUAUAAUAAUAUAAAUGUCUGAUUUAAAAAGAAAAUAUAUAUAUUAAGCAAUACAAAUAAGUCUAUAAUUGUUCUGUAAAAAUCAACAACUGUUUAUCCUUAUUAAAAAUAUCGGUAGAUGGGUAUUUCAUUGAACACCUUUUGCAAAAAUAUUUAUUCUUAAUUACCAGUACAUUACAAAAUGUACUAUAUAAUGCAUGGAUGACGGCUAACAUUGAUGUCCACAUUUUAUAUAUAAAAAUUGAGAUUUGCAUGAAGGUUAGUCACUCAUACUCAUGCAGAGAUACUGAUCUCCCAUCGAGCGCCUCCCCAGAUGGCAGAUAGGGGAAAGCCCACCAGAUAUGGAGGAUACCAGGGAAAUAAAAUACCUGGGGCAGACCAAAAUAGAUCCUACUGCCUUGUAGGAAGUGGAGGGAUCCACAAAGGCUAGGGAACCUUACCCAAAAACUAAGGCAGCUAUCCAGAUAGCUGUAAGGGGCAACCCCCCAGACGGUUGUGCGCAGGGUUAACAACCCGGCCAUGUAAAAAAAUUAACGUUACGAAAGCCAAUCAACAGAAUAAAACCCUGACUGAUACCAAUGGAAAUCGACAUAUGCAUGGACAUGAUUUUUGGAUUGCGCCUAGGAAUAUACUAAGCCUGUUUAGAGCAGGAGCCUUAGCCAACCUUGUAAAUCAACUGGUCAAAUAUAAAAUAUCUAUUGCUGCGUUGCAAGAAAUUCAAUGGAAAAAUUCAGACAUCCUCAAAACAAAAGAAUACACCAUAUUUUAUAGUGGUAACAACACCAACACACUAGGAACAGGAUUUGCCGUGAAAAAAGAAGCAGUCAGUGUAGUCAUAGGAUUCAAACCAAAAAACGAAAGAUUGUGUUCUUUGCAUGUGCGAGGAAAAAUGUUCAAUGUAAAAUUCAUAAAUGUACAUGCUCCAACCAAAGGCAGGGAAGAUCAGGAUAAAGAAUCCUUUUAUGAGACACUGGAAAAGAUCUAUGAAGAGGCAUCACAACAUGAUAUUAAAAUAGUGAUUGGAGACUUCAAUGCCAAAAUAGGAAAAGAAAAGAUGUUCAUGCCAACCAUUGGCAAGGAAAGUCUGCAUGAAGAAUCCAAUGACAAUGGGAUCCGACUCAUAGACUUUGCUGUAGGAAAAGGGAUGUCAGUUAGCAGCACCAAGUUUCCGCACAAAAAUAUACAUAAAGCUACGUGGAACUCACCAGAUGGAAUCACCCGCAACUAAUUGAUCAUGGUUUAAUAGAUCGGAGACAUGGAUCAGAAAUAUAAUAGAUGUGAGAAGCUUCGAGGAGCAGAUGCAGACUUGGACCAUCUACUUCUAAGGGUGAAAUAUAAACAGAGAAUAAGCUUAAUUCACAAUGGUCGUAAUCAAAGAGAGAAAUGGUAUGAUUACCAAAAGCUGCCCAAAGACCCAUUAACUGCAAAAGCUUACCAGAAUGAAGUAGAAGCACGAUUAGAAACAUCACAGGAGGAAGUAAACAGGGAAAACAACAUAAAUGAACAGUGGGAUAGGAUAAAAAUGCCAUUAAAAAUCAGCAAGAAAGAGUAGUGGGAUUCCAGCAAACCAACAAUAGAGUAGGCUGGUUUGAUAAUGAAUGCAGAGAGGCUGUGGAAUAAAGAAACAAAGCACGAAUGAUCAUGUUACAAAGGGAAACCAGAAAGACAACACAAACAUACAAGGAAGCCAGAAGGAAAGCAACAAAAAUGUGUAGGAAGAAAAAGAGGGAAUGGGAAAAAGCUAAACUAAAGGAAACAGAAGAUUUAUCAAGAGAGAUGAAGAUAAAAGAUUAAAAGAAUGGAUACCAAGCCAGACCGCAAAUGUGUGAGAGCCACAAUGGAGAAUUAAUCACGGAAAAUAGUAAAGUUUUGGAGAUGUGGGCUGAAUAUUUUGAGGACAUACUGAAUGCAGACAAUAAACAAGAAGAAGAUUAUCAACCCCCACAGGGAGGACCAGACCCAUUUAUACAAUGCCCAAUCCUAGAAGAAACCAAAGAGGUAAUAAAUUACAUGAAAAAUCACAAAGCCCUCGGACAAGACCUUAUCACAGCAGAACUGAUUAAAUAUGGAGGAAAAGAACUACACAGUCAUAUACAUAAACUUAUAACUAAAAUUUGGCAAGAAGAGAAAAUCCCAAUAGAAUGGAAAACAGCAUUAAUAACCCCAAUAUACAAGAAAGGCUUCAAACUUCAGUGCACAAACUACAGAGGAAUCUCCCUAUUAAAUGUUACAUACAAAAUACUGACGAAGCUUAUUGCCAAAAGACUACAACCUUACACUGAAGAAAUACUAGGUGAUUUACCAAUGUGGAUUUAGGCCUAACAGAUCAACGACUGAUCAGAUUUUCACCAUCAGAACCCUAUUAGAGAAAUGCUAUGAGUAUAAUAUACCAUUACAUCAACUCUAUGUGGACUAUAAAAUGGCCUAUGACAACAUCAAAAGAAAAUAUCUAUAUGAGACUCUGCAGGAGUUUGGGAUACCCAACAAACUGACAAGACUAAUACAUGUAACACUAAACAACUCAAAAAGCAAAAUCAAGAUUCAAGGAGAAUAUUCAAGGGAAUUUCAGAUUAGAAGAGGUCUAAGACAGGGAGACUCACUGUCUUGUAUGCUCUUUAACCUAACAUUAGAGAGAGUUAUGAGAAACAUACACAUUGACACUCGAGGAACGAUAACAGGAUACUUUCUGAGGGAAACUCCAAGACCCACAACCAACGGGCACACUCUACAACCAACCACUUCAGUACCUUGCAAAUGCUGAUGACAUAGCACUGCUAGGGAAAAGUAUUAAAGACAUCAAAAUCCUUUAUUGAAUUAGAAGACGCAUCACUAACAGCAGGGCUGGAAGUUAACAACCAAAAAACAAAAUACAUGACCAUGAUAAGAGAAGAGCAAACAGAUGAAGCAAUUAAAAUUAGAAACCAGAUUAAUAAGACACGAACAAAUUGUGUCAAUAGAACAAUAUGAGUUAGCUUUAAUAAUAAUUAUACAUUAUACAGAAUUAAACGUUUCGGCACAUGCCUUCAUCAGUACAAACAAAUAAAACACAUUUAAAUAAGUAUAAAUUAAAUUUACAUAAUAUCAAUAUACAUAUCCUACCUAAAACAGAAAAAAUAUAGGAGAGGGCGCUAAAACCAGACAUUUGAAAAAGUAAAUCAAUUCAAAUACCUAGGAUCUUUGUUAAAUGAAAGAAACGAAUUACUAACAGAAAUAAAAGAAAGAAUAUCAGCCGGAAACAGGGCAUACUUCAGUAGUCAGAAAAUACUCAAAAGCAAAAACAUUACAAGAGAAACAAAGAAAACUAUUUAUAAAACUGUAAUCAGACCAGUUGCAAUAUAUGCAAGUGAAACUUGGACCCUAAUAAAAACGGCAUAAAACCUAUUAAACACAUGGGAAACACAAAGUUCUCAGGAAAAUAUAUGGACCAACAAAGGAUGAAUAUGGAUGGAGAAUAGAAAUCGACCAUGAAUUGUAUGGUCUAUAUCAGGAUCCCAUGAUAGUAGCAGAAAUAAAAAGAGGCAGGCUACGCUCGGCAGGACACUUAGAGAGAAUGCCAAAUGACAGAGGAACGAAGAGGGUGCAUCACCAAUACCCCAGAGGAAAAAGACUCAAAGGCAGACCUAGGCUUAGAUGGAUGAUGUGGAAAAAGAUCUACAACAGCUGAAAGUUCAAGCAUGGCAAAGAAAGGCAUUAGUUAGGUCUGAGUGGAAGGAAGUGGUGAGGCAGGCCAAAGCCCUACAUGGGCUGUAGCACCACAGGGAUUGAUGGAUUAGUCACUCAUAAUAUUAUAUAACAGUAGAGCUUUGAUUUUCGAAAAGUCACUUUCCCAGUGCUCUAUGCACUAAAUAGUUGCAACAUUACUAUUUGAGUGUUCAGUUAUCCUGUCAACACUUGCCCCAAUUAGUGUGGAUAAAGUACAAUCUACUCUAUUUUUUUCCCUAAUUAAUUUCAGUUCUGACUUCCAUACUGUGCUAAAAGAAAGUAUAGACAGGGGCUACCACUGUGUUCUGGAUGGCUUGGCAGAUCACUAUAAGCAACAAAUCUCUGACCAUGGUCACAAUUCUGGGUAAUAUUUAAUUAUCAAUUUAGUUAAUUUAGUAACAAAAACUUGAGUCAAUCUAAUGUGUUCACUGUUUAAGUGGUAACUUGGUUAUGGCGCACCAAUCUUCUACCCUCUACCCCCAUGGAAAUUGGGGGGGGGGGGGGGGGGGGGGGGGGGGCUUGAAAUGUUUUGAAGUAAAAGGGGGUGUGGCACAGCAAAAAUGUUCAUUUUUAUCCUGUGGUGAGGGAAUGGGGUUGUGCUAAAAAUAUUUUAAAAUCAAUAUGGGGUGUGGUGCUGCAAUAAGGUUAAUGACACCUGUUACAGCCAGUGCCCAGCACAUGAGCAAUGCUAUUAUACUAGCUUGGCACCUAAAGAAUAUGUAUGACUAAAGACGAGAAACAUAAAUGAAACAUGAAUCAUUGAAGAACUAUUUGAAGAAAGAUGUUAUUGUAAAACUAGACAAAUUUUAGAUGAUACAUCCCACCCUCUUCAUCACAGAUACUUGGGAUCGGCCCGUUCUGGAUAAAUUCUUUCUCUCAGGGCGAGGACUGAAAGAUAUGAAAAUUAUUUUGUUCCCCAAUCUUUACGAGUUUAGCAGCAUGCUCCCCCAGAAGUCACAAAUCUAAAUGAGAACCAAUAAGUCCCUGAUAUUGCUAAGAGAGUUCUUUGAAUGGCUUUUUUUUUUUCACCAGUGAAAUAAUUUAAUGUAGAUGUCUUGAGUUCAAAUUGUUUUAUUUAUGUGCUCAAAAUUUACAAUGCAUUCCAUUUGUUUAGAUCAAUAAAAGAAUCUUAUCUUAUAAAAUGUUUAUUUAACAUUGUUCAUAUCUUUUACUAUAUAUAUAUGAAUGGAUUUAUGAUAGUCAUUAUUUGAUUUUCAGAAUUCACCAUAUUUCCAUAGCAAUGGCUAAACUGAUUCCUGUUAUUAAUUCUUUGAUGACUAACAUUUGUGGAGAUGCCCCUAAUCAAUUUAUUCAGGUAUAUUGCUAGCUAAGCUAUAAUGGUAUAUGUUACAGUAAAGUAAAAGACUAUUACACCUGUUAAAUGAAUCCAGUUCCACAGGUUCCCUUACUCAUUAAUCACCUUAUAUCAUUUUGAUGUGUUUAAUGAUUAAAUUUCAGGAGCUUUUAUUGAUGGAUGAGCUGAAACAACUUGCAGCCAAUGUCUAUGAAGCAUUUAGCCAAGAUCCCAGUGAGAAAGUUGCUAUAUGAGUCGGGUAUUAAAAUGUAUUCCAAAUCUGUGCAAAAUUCACAUUUGAGUAAUUCAUUGAUUCUUUAAUUAAUAUAAAUACAUUUUCUCAUGUAUCAGAAAAUUUCUAGUGUUACCAGAUGAAGAAACGUGUCCCUCAAUUAGUCCUACUUAACUUGUGAUAACAUAACCAUGUUAGUUUAAACAGUUUGGUAGUUAUCAAGCAGUUUGGAUAACAGACAAAUCUGUUAAAAUUUCUUCAUCUUCUUUGUAAACAAUGAUAAAUGAUGCUGAUUUAAAAAAAAAAACAUAUGCAUUUGUUAGAUAAAAUAAAAGUAAAAAAUAUAUGAUUCCUUUAUUUAUAGUGAUGUAAAUAUAAUAUAAAUUGGUAUAAGUAUAAACAUAUAAUUUUUUACUUUAAAAAAAAAAAUCUUUAUUAUUUUUUAAUAGUUAAUCACAAACUAUUUUUUUUUAUCUAAUAGGUAGGGAUAACAAUACAAUAAAAAGAGCUAUUCAUGAUAAAAGUUAAGUUAUGAAUUAUUUUUACCCUUAGUAGCCAAGGGUGAUGAAGGAAAUACAAUUAUGACCAUCACGAGAGAUGCCUUAAUUAAAGGCUUUAUUUAUGUUAUGCAUCUCAAUAAUAAUUAUUGAAUUUUGACAUAACAUUGAAAACAGUCAAAAUGGGAUUGAUAUAAUCAGAUUUUGAAAAGUGAUGAUGACAAGCUGAAUGAUUAUUACUCGUUCUGUUAAAGAUGCAGUAUUUUAACUGUCAAUAAUGAUCACAUAUUAUAGCUUUAAAAUAAAUCAGCUGCAAAAAUAACAAAGGUCUUUCUAUCAAUGUGAUUUACAUAAUGUCAUUUACCCCCCAAACCACCUCCAUAACUUUCUGCCCAUUCUUUUAUUAAGGCACAAAAUAUUAAAAGCGCCAUCUAACUGGCUACCUGGGAGGUUGAAAAAAAAUAAACAAGUAAAAUAUAUUUAAAUAAUAUGAGAGAAUAGUUAUCCCAAAGCUUUCCGACAUUUUUUUUUUAAACACAAAAUAUCUUUAAAUUCACAUUAAUAAUGGCUUUAAAUUUUUAAAUAUAUAAUUUAAAUUUUAAGAUUUUUGUUAACAAUAGCUUAAUGUCAGUUUUGUGAUUGAUUAUUAAAUUAGCGCAGUGGACUCUACAUGGUAUGCUGGACACAUACUAGGAAGGAGUGUAGACCUAUGUAAAAAAAUAAUUAUUAAAAAAUGGAAUUUCAAGUGAUAUCUUAAAAAGACUGUAUUGUAUAUUAUAUACAGGUGUAUAAAGAUUUUAAAAGUUUUCAAAACAUGUAAAAGAUGUUAUUGGGAACAGAUUGAUUUCUACUUUUCCUCAAAAACAGUAUUUUACUGCUAUAUUAGUGUAAAUAAAGGCAGGUCUUACUGUUAUUAUAAUGUAUUCCUCCUACACUUUUAAGUUGUUAAAAGGAUUAUUUAUAUUUGAAAGCGAAGUGGCUAUUCAGACCCGGCUACCAAGAGGUUGGGAUUAAAAAAUGUUUAAAAUAUUAUUGUUGGGUUUGUAAGAUAAAAUUUGGUAUCGAAUGAAAGAUAAUUGAAUGGACUAUUUGUUUGUAAAUUUAAUUCUUCAGUUUAACUAAAAUAAACUACCACAAAUUACAUCCGAAUAGCAUUUAAUCAAAAUAGAACCGGAAAUUGCCUUUAUUCGGACCCGGUUUAAUAAACCCAAAAUCUCACUUCUGAUGCCGGGUCCGAAUAGCCAUUUGACACUAAAAUGGAAAAAAAUAUUUAAGAAAACGUACACAGUCUUUAUACUAAUAGUAUUACUAAUCCUAUUAUUAAGAAAUAAUCUAAGUGUGGAGCAACUGUUUCUGAUGAUUUAAUUUAUACAAAGUACUGUUUGAAUUUUUCUAAUGAAAAGAUUUUAAAUAAAUGUAAUACUUUUAGAAUUUCUUACUUAAAUUUUCACUUGUUACAUAAGUAUUUAUUGCCCUAUAUAUUUUAUAGUAAUUAAAUUGUCUUUAAAAUAUAGAAACACAACUGCUAAUACCACAUUUUUUUCUGAGUGAAUUUUAUUUUAAUUCAGUGACACUGCCUGUUUGUAAAUGGAAACCAUUAAAAAAACAACAAAUACAUUUCUAAUUCUGAAUGGCCAUUCUAUUUUGUUAAUUCAGUGACCUAGAUGUUUUGUUUUACAAAGAGUUACUCUGAUUAACAAUGUUACUGUAAAAGAAAGGCCACAUCAUAUUGCCAGUUUAGAUAAUGCAUUUGUACAGUUAUUGUUCUCAUCCUGUAAGUUUAAGAGUGUAAAAUAAAAUUAUUUCUAUAAUUUGAAAUAAACUUGGCUAUUAUAAACCUUUAGACAAAAUAUGUCAUUGUAUUUAAAUGUACUUUUUUAAAUAAAUCACUACCAAUGCAAGUUGCCUACACUGGAGGAGUCAGGAAACCUGGAAACCUUAUACUUUUGUGUUGUUG